UCAAGAUGGCGGAAGUUGGACGUAGAAAGUGAUGAGGAUAGUCUAACAGAGCAUCAAAACGAUCUAUCUGAUAUGUGUGUUGCUGUGCUCUUUUGGAUAUUUACCAUAGACAUGUGUGGCGGAAACGUUUAAGGCUGUCAUUUGGACUGCUUUCUGAAUAGACGACAUGGCUCAGUCUCCUGCUCAGUCUCCGGCUCCGUCUCCUGCCCCCAGCGGAUUAUCAGCCAUGCAGGGUUUCAGGGCUGACCCUGAGGAGCUGUUCACCAAGCUGGAGAAGAUCGGGAAGGGCUCUUUCGGCGAGGUGUUCAAAGGCAUCGACAAUCGCACACAGAAAGUGAUAGCCAUCAAGAUCAUCGACCUUGAGGAGGCCGAGGACGAGAUAGAGGACAUCCAGCAGGAGAUCACCGUCCUCAGCCAAUGUGACAGUCCCUUCGUCACCAAGUACUACGGAUCCUACCUGAAGGACACAAAGUUAUGGAUCAUCAUGGAGUAUUUAGGGGGUGGAUCAGCUCUAGAUUUGAUGGAGCCAGGGGCCAUGGACGAGUCCCAAAUCGCCACCAUCCUCCGCGAGAUCCUAAAGGGCCUGGAGUACCUGCACUCAGAGAAGAAGAUCCACCGAGAUAUUAAAGCUGCAAACGUGCUGCUGUCGGAGCAGGGCGAUGUGAAGCUGGCGGACUUUGGCGUGGCGGGCCAGCUGACUGAUACGCAGAUCAAGAGGAACACCUUCGUGGGCACGCCCUUCUGGAUGGCACCCGAGGUCAUCCAGCAAUCUGCAUACGACUCAAAGGCGGAUAUCUGGUCUCUGGGCAUAACGGCCAUCGAGCUGGCCAAGGGGGAGCCCCCCCACUCGGAGCUGCACCCCAUGAAGGUGCUGUUCCUCAUCCCAAAGACCAACCCCCCCACGCUGGAGGGAAACUACAGCAAAGCCCUCAAAGACUUCGUAGAAGCCUGCCUGAACAAAGAGCCCAGCUUUAGGCCCACAGCCAAAGAGCUUUUGAAACAUAAGCUGUUCAUCCGUCAUGCCAAAAAAACAUCAUUCCUGACCGAGCUGAUCGACAAAUACAAGAGGUGGAAAUCGGAGCAAUCUGAAGAUGAAAGUCCAGACGACAAUGAAGAUCAAGACAAAAGUGGUGGCAAUGACUCGGCAUAUGACACAGUUGGGUGGGAAUUCAACACUAUCAAGGACCCUAGCCAACUACGAAAUGGCAUGGACCAGCUAGAGACGAACACGGCUCUGGACAGCUCCAACAACCGGCCCAUAUCACAGAGUCUUGAUUCAAUAAUCUCCCCGUUAUUUGCUGAGCUGAAGGAGGAGCGUCAGAGGAAGAACCGUAAGACGGAGGGUCUGGAGUCGCUGCAGAAGGCCAUCGUGCUGGCGGAGAGCACCUGCCCUGGCAUCGCGGACUCCCUGGUCACAGAGCUGGUGGAGAGGCUACGGAGGUUUUCGAUACCCAGGGCCUCUGCUUCCUCAUCCAGAUGAGAACUCCUCUUCCUGCUGCUGUUGUCUCCACUAGUACGCUGUCUCCUGGACCAUGUCUCGCUCUCUCUCGCUCUCUUUCAAGCACGUGCUCUCGCUUGUCGUUUCCACACAUACACACACACACGUAGGGAGGGGAGUGAGCAGCACCUUAUGGUCCAUUGUUUCACAGCAAACCGUCAAAGCUUGCCGUUUGCUUUUUGUUGUGUUUUUGUUUUCCUGCGAUGCCAGCUGCUAGUUAGAGGGGCUGUACUGGCUGGCAACCUCUCGCCUCUCGAAUCGAUCAACCUGCUGUACAGUAAGGCCCUCAUGACGAGUGUCUUUACCUCUAAAUCUGUUUGUUUCUGUGUGCGUGUGUGCGUGUGUGCGUGUGUGCGUGUGUGCGUGUGGACGUGUGUGCGUGUGGACGUGUGGACGUGUGGACGUGUGGACGUGUGGACGUGUGGACGUGUGGACGUGUGGACGUGUGGACGAGGGUUCAAGAGUUGGGGGAAGGGGAUCAGUAUUGUCCUGACCUUUUGCUUUUUAUAUUAUAGGGAACCACAAUAGCUGGCUCAACAAGUUCUAUUGUCAUAAACUCAGGUAUUGUGCUUUGAGUGAACUGGUUGAUUCUGAAGACUGAGUGCUUUGAGCUCUGGCUGUACAAUUUUUUGUAAAUAGGCUACUUUUUACAGUUGUAGAAAGGUGAUUUAAAGGUACAGUACAUUUAAGGAAUCACUGUGUUGAAAUGGCCAAAAGCUUCUGUAGAUAUAAAUAGGUUCGUUAUUUAAGUAGAAUCAUAAAACGGCCAUAACUGCAAUUGCCUUGUCUUUUUUAAGAUAUAUUUUCAUUUUAAACUCAUUGCACGUCUUUCCUUCAAAUUCCUCCCCCAAGAUUUGUUCAGUACAUUUCAAGCUGACCACUUCCCAUUUCACGUGAUUCGUUUCCAGUCGGUGGAACUGAGUCGCUUCAGUGCUCAAUAGUUAUGCUGUUUGUAUUGUUUCUUUGGUCUUGCACAUUCGCACCAUUCCAUGAUCGGUGCAGCUUACGCCAUAUGAAAAAGUAAGGUUAAUAUACACAAGAAGGAAGAAAUUCAGGAAUCAUAGUCCAUAAUCCAAGUCACUCUAAAUUCACUUAUGGAUUUUUGUCAUGGUCGAAUAGUAAUCAUGGAUGCAUGCAUUAUAAAUUUCUCUUCCACCUCAACAUUGGGAGUGUGUAACCUAAACUCGGGAGUCUCUUGUUGUCGUCGUUGAGGUCAGCCUCGUGACAGCCUCAUCCUCAGUGGACACACAGGUCUUCCUAAGAUGCACAGGAACGCUAGUACAGUUAUGGAGUCUACCAGCAGGUUUGAAUUGCACUUAGAAAAUCAUUGCCUUAUAGAAAUGUUAGCCAUAAAGAUAGGAGCAAGGUCUUGUGUGUGUAUGUGUGUGUGUGUCAGCAUACACAACACAAGACACAAAGUACUCAACCCCAAUUGCAGGUUAUAUCUAGUAAUAGCAUAGUAACAUAUACCGUAAAUACCAUAAAUGAGGCACACCUGAUUUACCCCAAAUUAUUGUAAGACACAUGAAGAUGAUGAGAUGGCAGGAGAGGAGGUCACAGUGUGUGUGUGUGUGUGUGUGCGCGCGCUCAUGUUGAUGUUGGAGAGCUAUGUAAAGAGAGUAUGUGUUAUAGCAUGCUGCAGGAGGAGAGCGGGGAGAGAGCUAGUCCUCAUAUCCAGAAUAAUAUCUUGCCUUAGCAUCUUGGCCAGCAGGUGGGAUGCCACUUGAAUCAACGUUAGCUUUGAUGGAUCUGAGCAUCGCUCUGCUCUGCUCUCCUCUCCUCUGCUCUGCUCUGCUCUCCUCUGCUCUAGACCUGGCCUAGACCAGGGGCUUAUACUAAGAAGUUGGUCCAGGGGUCAACCAUCUUAUAGAAGAACCCGGAGUCCUUAAAAUGAGGACUCCAGGCUCAUUUAUUUAGCCAGGCCGCGCCCUCCAAAUGACGCAACACCUUUGCCGUUGCAACUAGUCAGGUCAAGAGCGAUGCAAGUACUUUCUGAGUUCCCGCAAAUGCGGGAACUCCUUUCACUUUGUUGGGACGCAAACAACCAUAAGCAAACCAAGGGAGGUGGGUCAACCAUGCCGUUUGGGAAAUGUUAAUUGUUAUGCUCUUGGUCAGACCAAGCCUCAAAGAGAUUUUAAGGUCGAUGAUAAUCAGGAUACAUUUAUUAGACCUCUUAACUUAACCUGAUUUGCUCCUGAACCAGCUUCUUGGUAUAGGCCCUGGGCCCUCAGUCCAUAGCCAUCAACAUAUGUAUCCAGCAAUAAGAAUGGUUGAAAGAUAGGUGAGGCUUAAAUGACUGCUGUUUUUAUUAAAUGGGGUUUUAUUUGUAGUGUCAUGCUACAUUUUAUUAUUACUGUUAUUAAUUUGGUUAAAAUAUCCUCAAUCUGGCGGUAUCAAAAUGAUACAUUUGGCUUGCUGUGUUAGCAGGGUAUAUUGAAACGGUUGUUUCCACUGAGUGCUAUGUUUGUCCAUAGCAUUUGUGUCCUCCACUAGAUGUUAUCUUGGUAUAAAUGGGCUCGACAUGUUGGACAUAUUAAGACUUGAAACUUUAUCAAAGUAGACGUGAACGGAGGCUCCAGGGCCUCGUGUCAGUGAUGUGCCAGGUAUUUGGACACUUCUGUGCUUGGUUCAACUUUGUUAUAUCAGUCAAGGAUUAUCUUACCAUUGGACUUUCCCUUUCUUUCCCCCUAUGUUUUCUUUUUGACCUUUUUUAUUAUUUUGACAAAAAAACAAGUGCCAUGUCUAAAUUCCCUCCCUUGUGACCUAGAGUUCAUUCAGUAUUAUUUGCACCUUUUGGGGGACUGUCUAGAUCGUUUCAUUUUGUUGCACUUUGUAAAAUGUCUAAAGACCUGAGAAAUGAGUGGUACUCAACAUAUUGUUUUUCUCAUGUUUUAAAUGAUCAAUACUGUAUUUUUGUGAGUAUAAAGAAUGAGCAAUUAAUGAUUCUGCUCAUCAGGACAUUGAUAGGCUUAUAUUAUUUGAAACGAGUCAAAAUAAAUCCAGUAUUUUUGUAAUUAAGAAGCAGUAUUAUACCGUGCAGUAAUAUAAUCUGAUAUUUAAGGUGAUGUGAAUGGGACGCUCUUGAUUUCCGUUCUCUGUAACCUGGCUGAGUGUUUAUAGCCCGUAUGUAAAUAAUGUAAUGUUUGCGCUGAUCUUUCCAACUCGUGGUGAAAUCUGUCUCAGCUUUCAAGUGAUUUAAGAAAAAAUAAAUAAAAAUGCUAAAUUGUUAA